AUGAAAUACAGAUGUAAUGUGUGUGUUUGACAGUGUACAUAUGCAUUUAUGUACAUGCAUAUAAUAUAUUACAUAAAACGAAGUUAAUGAUGAUUGUACACUGAGUAACGUAUCACAAAUGUCUAUUUGUUAUUGUCAAGCACUGCAGGGUGUUACGUUCUCCAGAAUAUUUCAUACAUGUUCUGAAACAUGUCUAAAGAACAUGUCUAGAAAUGGAGCUUCCUCUUGGAGUAAUUGUCAAAAGUAUUAUUAAUCCAAAUGCGGUAAAAACAAUUUGAGAGAGAGAGAGAGAGAGAGAGCAAAGAGUUUUUGAACGCUGAAGAUGAAGUCACUACUCAAAGUAUUAUACUCGCUCUGUUGGAGCAACGCAUACUUGAUAAUGGGUAUUUGCAUGGGCCUAAGUUUCAGUCUGCUCUUAAUACCAAUCGAUGUUGAUAAACAGCACGAAAUAGUGGAGUCUUUUGAUCACUCCUUGAAUACCUUGGAAGAUAUCGAUCCCUACGAGCCAAGGAUAAACACCGACAAUAAACCACAACUGGUACAAAAGGCAAGGAAAGCGUUUGUACGCCCCAGAUACUACUCGACGGAGCUCGGGAUCAGGGAAAAGCUAUUUGUCGGCAUUAUAACGAGCCGGGAGCAUUUACACAGCAGAGACGCAGCACUGAAUAAGACUAUUGCUCACAUAGUGGACAAAAUCCGCUAUUUUAUUUCCAUACCAGAAGGCACCAAACCAAAUGUCUCCUUUCCUGGAAUAGUGGGAUUCACCGACACCAGGAGCAUCUUGAAACCUUUCCACGCCAUGAAAUAUAUCAUCGACAAUUAUUUAGAGAGCUACGAUUAUUAUUUUCUGAUUAAGGAUGUGAGUUACGUGAACGCGAGAGGUCUAGUGGAAUUUGUAAAUAAAAUAAGUGUAAGCCAAAAUGCCCACAUAGGUGUUCAAAGCGAAAUUGAUACUUAUUGUUCUCUAGAAUCCGGUAUUCUGUUGAGCAAUUCUGUCAUGCAAGAGAUGAAGAACAAUCUAGACUGGUGCGUGAGGAAUGCGUAUUCAGAUUCGGACGACGUUAACUUUGGUCGUUGUAUUCUUCAUUCCACUUCUAUGCCAUGCACCAAUCGGAUACAGGGGCAAAACUUCACGUUCACGCAGCUGAAACCCGCGUUUAAUUUCGAGGAAGAUCUCGCCUGGUUGACCGAGCAGAGCGAAUUCCAAAAUUCGCUGUCCAUAUAUCCCAUCUAUGAUCAUAUGCUCAUUUAUAAAUUUAAUAUGUACUUUGCCGCAAUAAAUUCUGUUAAGAUUCAGAAGCGGAUUACCGACAUACGCAAGAUGAUCUCCACGACUGCACACUUGGGACCAACAAAUCAGCGCAAUGUAUCAUGGCCCAUCGGAAACCAACCUGGAAACAGACCUCUGGGACGUUUCGACGUUCUGCGCUGGUCGUACUUCAACGAAUCCCACGUUUUCUUCGAGACUGAUUUUGUGAAUAUUCAAGAAUUAAGGGGCAAUAAGAAAUCCGAUAUAGAUUACGUGGUAAACGUAGCCGCGAGCAGUAUUAUAAAUAAGUACGACGGCAAACUGAGCUUCAACAGGCUGCUGAACGGUUAUCAGAAGUUCGACGCGUCCAGGGGAAUGGAUUACAUUCUCGAUAUGGCGUUUAACGAGGUGACCACGGGCAAGGAAGUGAGGAAACGAAUCGAGAUUUGCAAGCCACUGGGAAAGGUAGAAAUCAUGCCGGUGCCAUACGUCACUGAGAACACGAGAAUCAAUAUAAUUAUGAUCAUCGAUCUGAACAAAAAGCAGGAAGCUUUAAAUUUUAUGGAACACUAUGCGCAAGACUGUAUGGAAAAAAGAUACAAGACCUUUCUCAUGGUGGUUCUCUUGUACAAUGUCGAUUCACCGUCAAAAGGCAAAGACGAUGUGUUUUAUGAAGUAAAACAGUACAUACUAACGUUGAACGACAAGUAUAAAAAGGACCAAUCUAAAAUCACCUGGCUUUCAGUACGACUGCCAACCGACGUAACUUCCACAGAUUUUGAUCCAAUGUUGAAGAUCGCCGUGAUCGAUUUGUGCGCAAAGAAGUUUCCCUUGGAGAGCCUGGUACUUCUCGCGGAAACGGGAACAAAAUUGAAAGUAGAUUACCUUAACAGAGUGCGCAUGAACACUAUCAGCCGUUAUCAAAUAUUUAGCCCGAUCCCGUUCAUCGAGUUCCAUCCUGAUAUAAUUUACGCGAACGAGGUGGCUCACGACGAGGUAGACGUCAACGGCAAUUACGGAAAAUAUGACGAACAAAACUAUAACAACGUCGCGUUUUACGUCAAGGAUUAUAACGCAAUGCGGCAGACAGUCGAGACGAGCAUUCCGUUAGUACGAACCGAUAAGGAUAUCGCUACUCUACUGAAACUUUCCAAGUACAGUCCUGUAAUUUCUUUAUUUGAGAUGUACGUGUCCUUCAGCGAUAUGCACGUGUUUCGUGCAAUAGAACCAACGUUGAGGAUAAAAUAUAAGGACGUUAACUGCGAAGGUGCUACCAAUGGCAGUAUUUAUAACGGUUGCCUUAAACUGAAAAAUAGUCGUUUAGGUAAACGCAGUCAAUUGGCGAGGCUAGUGUUAGAUUAUCAGAGUUAUCAAAAAAGAAUGUAGAUCGCAUAUAUUCUUUGCAAAGAGAGUCGCUAUUUAUUUACGUAUAAUUUAUGUAUUAUUUAGAUCUAAUAUUAUUAGAUAUUAUAUUUUUGUAGAACAAAAA